GCCUUGGACAGAUACGCGGCCGGUGUUCGAGAUCGGCGGCGGCGGCGGCAUCCAAGGCUGCGCCGCCUCGUCUAUCUGCUCCAUUUGUCGAUUAAUCAGAAUGUAGCUGGGUUGUCUGGAGAGUUUAGCAACUGCAGCGGACGAAAAGAGAGGACCAACAUGAUUUAAAUCAAGCCCCCAGUUGCCUCUGAAGGGGCUGCAGGUCCUUGAAGAUUUAUAAAAGAUGCUGGGCACCGGGGUCCUGGCAGAUCCGAAAGGAGACCUCUACAAGGACCUUGCGUUUCCGGCUAGCGACGAUUCUCUCUUUUUCAACUGUUCUACACCGUUGGCUCAGUUCAAAGGAGAAAUUUACUGGCUGAGACCUCAGGAGAUCUGCUCUUCACCUCGAUUAUUUUCAGACAAUCAACAUGAAUGGCAGGUCAAGCAAGGCAUGCUGGGAGAUUGCUGGUUUCUCUGUGCCUGUGCCGCUUUGCAGAAAAACAAAUACCUGCUAACCAAGGUGAUACCUCCAGGUCAGCCCAGUUGGAAGGAUGAGAAAUACCGAGGAUGUUUCACUUGCCGUAUCUGGCAGUUUGGCCACUGGGUGGAGGUGACCAUCGAUGAUCGGCUGCCUUGCCUGGGGGGCAAGCUCUGCUUCUCCCAGUGCCAGACGGAAGAUGUGUUUUGGCUUCCCCUGCUGGAGAAAGCCUACGCCAAGGUUCAUGGAUCUUACGAGCAGCUCUGGGCAGGCCAGGUAGCCGAUGCCCUCGUCGAUCUGACCGGAGGCCUUGCGGAACGCUGGUCACUGAAAGACCUGAGCCAAAAUCCUGAACGAGAGCGGGCCGGCAAAGUCUUGGAGAAAACGGUGUUCAGACAGUUGAUGAACCUGAAGGAGAAAUGUGUCAUGAGCUGCUCCGUCUUCAGUUCACGGCAAGGGACAAGCCAACUGGGAGAGUUCCACGCCUUCAUCGUGGUUGACAUGCAGGACCUUUCCAAGGUAUCCCGGAAAGAGACCAUCCUUCUGCGAAUCCGGAAUCCCUGGGGGAGGCGCUGCUGGAAGGGCCCCUGGAGGGAAGGAGGGCCAGGAUGGAAUCAAUUGGAUCCUGUGGUGGGCGCUGAACUUUUAUCCCAGCUCCAAGAAGGAGACUUUUGGGCUGAAGAAGAGGAAUUCUUCAUGGAAUUCGAUGAGGUUAUCACCGGGUACCCUGUCACUGAAGAAGGACAGCUUCAGAGCCUUUACACUGACAGAGUGCUGAGCCACACGCAGAAGCUGUAUGGGUCCUGGGUGCGAGGGCAGUCGGCGGGGGGUUGCCGCAACAACAGCACCUUCCCCACCAACCCCAAAUUCUGGCUGAGAGUCUGCGAGCAGAGUGAGCUGUGCAUUGCCCUCCUGCAGAAACCCCGCAAGCACAGCACAGAUUGGGCUGGCAGGAUCCGCGCUUGGCCUCGCCUCCCGGAAGCCGACCCCUCCUUGGCGGAUAACGUCCGAGGAAAGAAUUACCAUGCCGUGGGCUUGCACAUAUGGAAGAUUGAGAAGAAACAGUUCAACCUUCCCAAGACGCUCUCUGCGCCGCCAGUAGCGAGCACAGCUUGUCAUUCCUACAACCGAGAGGUGCAUCUCCAUUGUGAACUUUCUCCUGGGUACUACCUGGUCGUUCCCAGCACUUUCCUGAAUAAUACGGAAGGAAAUUUCCUACUCCGGGUUUUCUCCAGUGGAAGAAUUUCUCUCAGUGAGAUCAAGCUGCCGUUGCUGGAUAACACCGUCCACGAAGCGUUCCCAGGAGGCGAGUGGGAGACGGCCCAGCUGGAGGGAUCGUGGAAAAAAGGCCACAACGCCGGAGGCAGCCGCAACUUCCCCUCGUUCCACAUCAAUCCCUGCUUCCCUUUGUCGGUUCCCGCCGGGUUUGGUCAAAGAAGCAUCAAGGUGUCUCUCCGUCAGCACUGCCCAGAUAACAAGUGCCGUCCCAUUGGCUUUCAUAUCUUCCAGGUUCCCAGUGACAACAACCACGUCAAAAUGGCUUCCACAGCUUUCCUGCAAUUGGAACCGGUUCUCAGUUGUGUGCCUCAUUGCUACUCUCAGGAAAUAAGUCAGGCAUGUCGGCUGCCUGCAGGAAAUUACGCCAUUGUCCCAUCAACAUAUUUGCCUGACACUGAGGGCAGCUUCACGGUGAUUGUAGCAAGGAAGAUAGACAGGAAGAGCAUUUGGAGCAAGGAGACUUUGGGACAAAGGCUGCAAGAGGUCUCUUUCAAGGCUGUGAUGAAAAUGUAAUUUUGGAUCAAUGCUUUUGCUGCAGGAAGACAUAACGGAGACCUUUAAGACCUUUAAGCCAAAUUAUUUUUAAUUUAAAUUGAAAUCAUUCCAAAUGUAGGUUGGAUUUCUCAGCUUGUUGGGUUAGAGGAACAUCUGUGACUUUUAACCAACUUUUCUGUAGAAACAAACUUAAGUGACAUCCCAGCUUAAGUUUCCCUCCCAUUUUUUAAAAUUUAUUUAUUUAAAAUACACAUCGGAACUUCAACUGAUGUUGAAAUUUGUUCUCUGGUUUUGCCAGCAUCUCUAUUCCUUUCUUUUCUCAUUCCGUCCACCACUAAAUCUUGAUGAAAAUUUAUGUACAUGUGAUGGUGUUCAAAUUGGUUUUGGGUCCAUGGCAAUAAUAUUCUCUUGGUGUGGUGUGCGUGCUUGUAUUUCCAUAGCGUUCGGCACUUCUGCAGAAAGAUAAGUUUGCCAACGAAAAUUUGAAGGAAUGGUGGCAGAAAAAGAAGAGGAGGUUGUAACAUUUCAGAAAGUUUGAAGCAGCAAAAAGUUGGAAUAUGCAACAAUUGGAACUUUGGCCGUCCAAAAGUUUUUGAAUUUGAACUAUUCCAAUUUUUACUCCCUGGCCUCAUCUUGAGUUGAAAAACGAGACAUUUUGAUUAUUGAUGGAAGUGUUUUGGGCUCAAAACUGAGGGAGUUUUGAACGUGAAUCAAAGAUGUUUUGUGCUUGGAAAUAUUCCCGAAAUGAUCAAGAUGCUCUUUCGAAACUCAAGUCGGCCAUUUUGUGUUCAAAGAGAGACAUUUUACAAUGAAUGGGUUUUGCACACCACCAGUGCUGGGUUCUUCUGUUCCAUAGGACUCAAGAGCAAUAAAACUAGGGCAUAAAUUUGAUUUUCAGUGUUUCUGUGGCUUAUGAACAUCAGUGUCUGCAUGACGUGGUCAAAACAGGGUAAGUGAAUUUGUGAAUUCUGUAGUGUACAUAAAUGACAUCAUUUAUCAAAAAUGUCAGUUGGGUUAUUUGCACAAGACAUUGUUAUGGCUUGUGCUGGACUCUAUCACAUGAUAGGUCUGCUCUAAACCAGGUUUCAGGCCUGUGUAAACCUGGUUUAGGCCAGCCCAGAAAUCCUAGCUCUCCAGAUACUUCUGAACUAGCACACUGUUUCUCCACUGUGGAUUCGUUUGUCGUUUUAUAUUGCAGUUUUCCUCUUGGGUAUAACCCGUACUGUAGUUUAAACCAAUGGUGGGGGAAGCGUGGACUCUUUAUGACUUGUGGACUUCAACUCCCAGAAUUCCUGAGUCAGCUGGCUCAGGAAUUCUGGGACUUGUAGUUCACAAGUCAUAAAGGAGUCAUGCUUCCCCAACCACUGUUCUAAACAAACAUCCCUCAACAUUGAUAUUUAACUCUUCAUGAGGUGUUGUCGAGCAGCACACGGAGCAUCUUAAAUUCCCCACAAGAGCAUGACCGAAGCGGGAGAAAGCAUGGCAAAUCAGCAGAGAAGAGAUCUAUACCACGAAAUCUCCCUGGUUCUCUGUCCCCUGCUCAACUUUUAAUUUUUUAUUUAUUUAUUUAUUUAUUGUGAAAUUUAUUUGCCGCCUACCCCUUGUCAAACGCUAAAUGUUUGGAUGUUCCCCAAGAAAAAGAUGGCACAGAAAUGAAUUGAAUUGAUGGCUGUUGGAAGAAAAGAGUUAUUAAUGGGUUUCUUUAGGACCUCACCAAAUUGAAGAUGGGCGGACUCCAACUCCCAGAAUUCCCCAGCCAACAAGUGGGAUUCUGGGAGUUGGAGUCCAACUGUCUUCAAGUUGCCAAAGUUGCGAAACAUUUCAUCUCCAUUUUCUUCACCUUUUGUUUCUUCACUCUUUUUCCUUAUUUUUGUUAUUUAAAGUUCAUCUCUUCAUUUCCUUCACCUUUCAUCAGCCCAACAUUUCCCUUAUUUUUGUUAUUUAAAUUUCAUCUCUCCAUUUCCUCCCCCUUUCCUUUCAUCAGUCCAACUUUCCCUUAUUUUUGUUAUUUAACUUUCAUCUCUCCAUUUCCUUUCUUCAGUCCAACCUUUUCCUCAUUUUUAUUACUUAAAGAGAGCCACAUUUGCUUGUCAAAGAACAUCUGGGGAAAAAAUGCUGUCCAUUUCCCAUCCCUGCCAAAAUAUAUGGUCCCAUUUUCCCCUUUAUUAUCUAUGUAAUUGAGACCGUGGCAGAGUUAAAAUACAACCAUUCAGGGAAGCGAUUUGUGGAAAAGAUUAUACUCAGUGCAGUGGCAAAGAUCUUUUAUGGCGUUUCUGUCAGAAGACAAAGAUCCUGAGGGUUGGAAAUAUCUUAUAAAAGCAAUAGGAAAAAAAUGCAAUUUCAGGCAAAAUAUAAAUCCAGAUGAUUAUUUUUGCUAUUCCAACUUUCCUUCCAAUAGCUCACACAGUAUUCAUUUCAUUUCCUUAAGUAUCCUUGGAGAGCAUUUUUUUUUUAAAAUUAAGAUUCUGAAAAACUGUAUUUUUGUUUCAUUUGGUUUUUAAAUAAGUGAGGUGGUGUUGAAAUGUCUUUUGAAAUAAAAAAAAAUUAAAAAUGUGGACUAGCAAUAUGAAAAAAACCAAGGGGUUGUGAAUUGUUUUUCUUUUUUAAUUGUCUGAUUUCCGAUAUUAAUUGGGAACAUUGGCAUGGCAAGUUGAUAACAUUUAGAG